AUGGCUUCGCUCCUCCAUGCGGGCCAUGCCGCGAAAAUGGAGGCUUACCUGUCUCUCUUGCUCGCCACGAAUCUAAACUACACGACCGGCAUGUCGUCUUCCGAACUAGAGAUGCAAGCACGACAGAAACUUGAAACGGAACCGUUACGCCUGUCACUAGAUGAGCCCAGGAUGAUCGGUAAUUCAGGGGGCUUUGACAUUUUCCACGAGAUCAAGUCCCUGAAGGCGGAAUUGGCUGAUCAGAAGGCCGAAUAUGGCGCGAGAUUCAGCGAUCAGGAGAAGAAUUUCAAAAAUGAAUUGGCCAUGCUACACGGGGCACGGAUACGCAAUGAUAUGAGUGAGCUCAUCGGCAGAACCACACAAAAGCAACGUUACUACGCAUAUCGACAAGAGAGGAAUUGCGAAGUCCAUGGCGCAGACGUCGAGUUCCAUCGAUACGUUCUCACUGUGCCAGGUUACGACAAAGACAUGCUUGAUGCGUGUGUAGGAUUCAUGAUAACAUAUGGCAUCACCCCGGAAGGAUACGACUUGCACUUCAAGGAAGCGCCAAAGAAGAUUCUUCAAUACGUAAAUCUCAGAGGUAAUGUCUAUCACCUCUUUGCUUACACCAAAAGUAGCCAUCAUCAAUCAGAGAUUUCGAAUAUGCAGAAACUUUGCGAUGAGAUCAUGCAGCUUUGGGUAUCUGAAGGCAAGACAAUCAGUGAGAAGAUCACCGCGAAAAUCUCCGAAUUCGACCAGUUGCACCAGCUUUGGCAAGAGGGAGAAGAGGAGGAACAGAAGAAGAGGGAAUUGCAAGCGGAAAAGGACCUCAAGAGGAAGAACAGGGGGAAAAGGGAAAAGGGGGGGAAACGAAGAUGA